CCCCACAUCGACUCUUCCAACAACGCUCUCCUCGCCAUCCUACCCAGAAAUGGCCGACCGCCUCACCCAGCUCCAGCUCUGCCUCGACCAGCUGGCCACCCAAAUGUACGCCACGCUGCACUACACCUCGGACCGUGCCGCCCCCACCCGCAUCCCCGACCUCCCCUACCAAGUCGACCCCGCGCGCUCCUCCUUCCUCGAAACCAGCCAACAACAGUCGCAAUCACAAUCUACACAGACUACAGCGCAGGGAAGCAACCCACCCCAAGCUCAGACCCAAAGCCAGGAUCCCGAAGCGCAGUUCACAGCGGACCUGCACGAGCUCUCCCGCGACCUGAUUCUGAAGGAGCAGCAGAUCGAGGUGCUGAUCGACACGCUGCCGGGGAUCGGGACGUCGGAGCGUGAGCAGCGGCAAAGGAUGCGCGAGCUGGAGCGGCAGUUGCGGGAGAUUGAGGUGCAGCGGAAGAAGGCGGUGGCGGAAAAGGAGGAGUUGCUUGAGCAGGUUGCCGCGGCGAUUGUGGGGGUGAAGGGGGUUUGAGAUGAAGCUACUUGGGAUUUCGGACAUCAAAUAAGAUUUUGUGGGGGUGAGAGAUGAGGGUUGGGAGUUAGGGAAACUCACGCCGUGGGAAAGACGAGGGCCGAUGUUGGGGACAAUGAGGGUUACGUCGAGGGCCACGUCGGGGCUAAAAGUUUGUGCAUUUUGGAUACCCCGUGGAAAGCGUCGUAUGGUGUUGGAAGUUUGGACACGAAAGUGCGGGAGAAUUAAUGCUUGAAGCUAUUGCUUCAUCAACACGCUUCGUAGGCAAUCUGUGAAGUGCGUUCUGGGGUGCGUCCCGGGUGUCUAGACCCUCUUAGUAGUGCUCCAACUUAUGAGCUCUAGCUUCUUCAUCUACGGAGUGUAAAUAUAUCAUGUUGAACAAGAAGUUACGAC